AGAAGCUGGGAAGCGGGGUUGGGCUGGUUUUGUAAUCUGUCAGCCAUUCUCCCAGCUGUGGGAGCUGUCGUCACCAAAUCCUCAGUGCGGCGACCUGGGCGCCGGCGCGGCGGAAUUUAGGCGCAUUAAGGCGUCCUCUCGCCAGACUGUGACGACCGGCUCCCCGGUGCCGGCUGCCUGGCAGCGCGCGACGCGCGGGUGGCCCUCCGCAAACGCGUGCGGAAUGAAUGACUGGUGCGGGCUCCGAGGGUGGGAUCGGCGGAGCGCGCGUUCGUGCUUCCAGCGAGUGUUUACGGAAGGCCCGCAAGGGGCCCAGCAGUGGCCAGUUGCCAGGGCGACCGAGACGUCGCUGCGCACGACCGUGGAAUGCGGAGGAAACGGCCAAGUGAAAGACUGAAAGGCGUUCCUGGGCUUUGCCACCUGAGAAACCUUUGGUUACCUCAAGGAGAGCCAUUGUAGUGGUCAGGAGCCAGACUGGCCCACCGAGGGGUGACUGCACUUAUUUGAAAACAACUGUCAUGAUUUCUCCAGAUUCAAGAUUCUCAGCUUAUUUAAUCAUGAACUUCUGAAUGGGACUCCGAGUGCCUUACAUCCCUACAGCCGAUUCCUCUUCCUACACCCCCAGCAGCAAAUGAGGCACACCUGCAGACAGCAGCCAUCUCCCUGUGGACAGUGGUGGCCGCCGUGCAGGCAAUAGAGAGGAAGGUGGAGGUCCACAGCCGGCGACUCCUGCACCUAGAAGGCCGGACAGGGACUGCAGAGAAGAAACUAGCCAGCUGUGAAAAGACAGUGACCGAGCUUGGGAACCAGCUGGAGGGCAAGUGGGCUGUGCUGGGGACCCUGCUGCAGGAGUACGGGCUGCUGCAGAGGCGGCUGGAGAACUUGGAGAACCUGUUGCGCAACAGGAACUUCUGGAUCCUGCGGCUGCCCCCAGGUAUUAAGGGAGAUAUCCCCAAGGUGCCUGUGGCGUUUGAUGAUGUUUCCAUCUACUUUUCCACUCCAGAGUGGGAAAAGUUAGAAGAAUGGCAAAAGGAACUUUACAAGAAUAUCAUGAAGGGCAACUACGAGUCUCUCGUCUCCAUGGAUUAUGCUAUGAAUCAACCUGAUGUCUUAUCACAGAUUCAACCAGAAGGAGAACAAAAUACAGAGCACCAGGCAGGGCCAGAGGAAAGUGAGAUUCCCACAGACCCUAGUGAAGAGCCUGUUAUUUCAACAUCAGAUAUUCUGUCUUGGAUUAAACAAGAGGAAGAGCCUCAGGUUGGGGCCCCACAGGAGUCCAAGGAGAGUGACAUAUACAAGACCACUUAUCCUGAUGAAGAGCUUGUCAUCAAAGCUGAAGGCCUUGCUCCAGCUUCCUUGUGCCCUGAGGUUCCAGUUCCCUUCUCUUCUCCACCACCAACAGCAGCAAAGGAUGUUUUUUCAGAGGUGGCUUUCAAAAGCCAGCAAUCUGCAUCCAUGACACCUUUUGGGCAUCCAGCCAGUGACCUGCCUGAAGCCUCUGAGGGACAAGUGACUUUUACUCAGUUGGGCAGCUACCCUAUCCCACCUCCAGAUGGGGAACAGGUGUUCUUAUGCCACCACUGUGGCAAGAGUCUCAGCCAAGACAUGUUGCUGACCCACCAGUGUAGCCACUCUGGGGAGGACCCCUUACCCUGCACUCAGUGCCCUAAGCACCUUCCUCCGCAGGCCAACCUGAGCAGCACCCCCCAGGACCAUGCCAGUGAGACACCCCCGACUUGCCCACACUGCGCCAGGACUUUUACUCACCCAUCAAGACUCACCUACCAUCUUAGGGUCCACAACAGCACUGAGCGCCCUUUUCCCUGCCCUGAUUGUCCCAAGCGCUUUGCCGACCAGGCCCGACUCACAAGCCACCGGCGGGCUCAUGCUAGUGAGAGGCCUUUCCGCUGUGCCCAGUGUGGCAGGAGCUUCAGCUUGAAAAUUAGCCUCCUGCUCCACCAGCGAGGUCAUGCACAAGUGCGGCCUUUCUCCUGCCCUCAGUGUGGCAUUGACUUCAAUGGCCACUCAGCCUUGAUCCGCCACCAGAUGAUCCACACAGGUGAGCGUCCUUACCCAUGCACUGACUGCAGUAAGAGCUUUAUGCGCAAGGAACACCUGCUGAACCACCGGCGGCUGCACACAGGCGAGCGGCCCUUUAGCUGUCCUCACUGCGGCAAGAGCUUCAUCCGCAAGCAUCACCUCAUGAAACACCAGCGCAUCCACACUGGGGAGCGGCCCUACCCCUGCUCCUACUGCGGCAGAAGCUUCCGCUACAAACAGACACUCAAAGACCACCUGCGUUCAGGCCACAAUGGAGGCUGUAGGGGUGAUAGUGACCCAUCGGGACAGCCGCCUGACCCACCAGGUCCCCUCUUAACUGGGCUCGGAACAUCUGGCCUAGGUGUUAACACUGAAGGUCUAGAGGCCAACCAGUGGUAUGGGGACGGGAGUGGGGGGGGAGUUUUGUAAAUAUAAAUCUCUGUGGCUUCAUGGUUUUCUAUGGGCAGAAAAUCCAAGAGAAAGCCUAUGAGCCGCUCCACCACCCACGAUAAUAUCACCUGGCACAUCAGUGAAUGUGGGGUCCUAUAUGCUUGACUAGAGACAUUGCUUGUGCUUUGGAACUUCACACCAUUACAAGAAUAACACAUUUUGAAACCAAGAAAGACCUGGAAAUGAUCCCAGCAUCUCCAUUAUUUCAAAGAUACUGCAAAAGCAAAAGUUAUGAGAAUAUUACAGUGGUUGGAAAGCAAGAUUUGACCUCUGGUUAUUCUAUAAUCACAGGAUAACAGAUUGAUAAUAGAUUGUGUCUCUAGGUAGAGACAGGUGGAUAGGAAGAGCCUCCAAAGCUUGAAGCCCAUCGUGAGGCAUGAGAAUGUUUUAAAGCCUUUCGUUAAUUCCUUGAUAGUUAAGAUGGUGGUUGGAGGAAGGUGCUUAAGCCACUGUUGAUGUAACUGCCUUCUCUCUAAAAACCAGCCACAAUCUGUUCACACACCUGUUUGGUUGCCUUUCCCUGAAACAUGGUAACUCAAGACUACCUUCCUAGAUUAAUUCUUCUAAUACAUUUUGUUUAAUUGGGUGAACAAGAAAUCUGACUUUAAAAGCUUAUAAGGAGAAUAUUUCCUUAUUGUACUCGCUUGAUUUGAAGCAUUCAGGUUCUUACUGGCAUUUAAACUACUAGAAACCUUUGCCAUGAUCCUGGUUAAAAAAUUGAUUGUAGUGUUCUCAGUGCCAGCUUUAAAAGCUGGGGAUCCCUGAGAAAUAGGUGGCAUAACAGCGACAGGACAGCCUAAAAUUUGUGCCUACACCAUGUUUCUAGAGUCAUUUACAUCAAAUUUUUCCUGAUUUUUUCCAAGCCAGAAAGCUGGCUUUUCCAUUCCUGGUGUCUGGUAUUCUUGGCAGUCAUCAGCAACAAAGAUCACAGCACUUUCCAGAACCAUUACAGAGUUUCAGAAAGUGCCAGCAGACUCUCGACUUUCAUUUCCUCAGUAGUGAGAGGAUAACAGGGUUGCAAUGCAGCUUUCUUGGGCCAUCAGAGAGUGUAUGUUCACCCAUCUGGCUCUACCCCACUGGCAGUAGACAGACUGAGGAACUUCCUAGAUCACUAAGAGCUAAGCGCCCUGCAAAGACAAAGGCAGCCUGUUCCUGCUUGUUUUGCUUUUAGGGACCCUGACUACUGUGUGUUCUUUUCUUGAGGUCAUUUAAUCACCUGGGAGCAUCUGAGUGUGCUGUUACUCAGUGUCUCUGCAACUGGGUGUAAGUCACUUUCCCUUUACAGAUCUCAAAUUUUCAUCUGCAAAAUGAGGCUGUUGAAAGGAAAAAGGGAAAAUUAUUCUUUAAAAAAUCUUGUGAUACAUUCCUUCGCCUGCCAAAAUCCUGUCUCUGUCUUUGGCUUCUGUCCAGGCAAAGCCAAAAAAGACAGCAAAAUCAAAGCAGAGAAAUUCUUGCUGAAACUCGACUAAAAUGAAUUUGAUAUGUUGUUUUACUUCUGCUUGGAAGCCUAAGAUAGAAGACGGGGAAUACAGAAGCCCUACAUCUUGGGCAGAAAAGUUGUUUGUUCCUACACACUCUUGUUUCCCGAUUCUUCCUAAGAUGCCUGGAACAAGGUCUGGAAAUACUUAGGAUACUUUCUUGAUGAAAUGAUAAGGAAGGGACCCUUUUUUUUCCUUAUCAUCUAGUCUAACCUUCACUCUACCUAGUUACGCUUAACCACACUAGGAAAAGGUGUUAGCCCAGCUAGCUUUGUUUCUUGGGAGGUUCUGUCUGAACAUGCUGCUUUUUAGAAUAAUCCCUUUUAUAAAACAUUUGCUCUGACAUUCACAAUACCAGGGACCAUGGGAGACAAGAAAUGUGUGUGAGACCUAGGCUGCUGUCAUAAUUGAUAGUCUAGAUGAGGAAAAAGCCCACUGGUUUAGAAGAAGACAUGAUGAUGAACAGAACCCCAGCAUAUCUGGAUUAAGAGCUUUCAAGCCAGGGUUCUGGCUUCUUUGGUGACUAGGAACUUGAGUAUGAGAUUCAGCUCUUGUCUGCAUCUUGAUUUCCUCCAGUGAAAAUGGAGAAGAGUCAAAGUACGGUCUUUGGUGGUGGGCUCCCUUUUCUGGGUGCAUUCAAGCAUUUUCCAGGGUAUGGUGGAGAAGGGAUUCUUACCUUAGGUGAGAUGUGGGACUAGGUAACACCUAAAAUUCUUUUUUACUCAAAGAUUUGGCAAGGACACAGCUUAUUAAUGAAAGAGACCUUUGGGUUAAAAUGCUACAGAUAUAUUCUAGAGCCCCUUGUGCAAGGAACUGUAACCAGCAGGGACCUAAAUUUGGCAAAUAGUGGACAUAAUUCAAAUACCAAUGAAGCAAGAGUCAUAAAGCUGAAUGAGAGGGAAUGUGUAAGGUCAUCCCAGAAAGAUGGGAGUAGGUGCGAACCUGUUCCUCAGCCCUGGCACAAAGUGCAACUGUUGCACAUUCUGUUCUUUUCCUCCAUCAGCCACCUACCAGGUAGAACUCCAGGCUAGCCAUAAAGAAUGUUUGCUUAAGAUUCAAAAGUGGAUAAAUAAAAGGGAUCAAUGGAAAAGAGAAUGUAAAGUCUAACAGAAAGGUUUUAGUAUGUGGAAGAGAAACUCUUGGCCCAUCAAUUGCUACUGAGAGAAACCAUGCAUUUAACUCUGUAGUUAACAAAGUACCUAAGGACUGGUUGUCCUGAGCAGACAAGACAGAAAAGAGGAAAUCGCAGAAAUGUGUUCUGUCCACCCUCUGGUCUAGGAAGUCUGCACUAUCACACAUAGGCACCAUCUCCUUGGAGUGGAUCCAGGUGUUGACUAUAACCAGACUUACUCUUUGCUUAUUAGGUUUUUCAUCAUCACCAUUGGAUGAUCCUCUGGUUCAGCCACCUAUGUGAAAAGGAAAUUGAUUGAUUGUCUAGAAAGUGAAAGAAGAUAACCUUGAUCCUUUUCUGUUGAACAUUUGAUAUUGAAAACACCUUAGCUGGUUCUAGAGGAGUGCUUUCCGUAACUUCCCUCAUCAUUAAUAAUAAAAUCUGCAAUGGAGUGUUAAGCGCAGAACCUGACAUAGGAGGUUCAGUAUGGUAGCUAUCAGGAAAGAUUUUACAGGACCCACCAGAGGGGGCCAGAAAGCCAGGCUCAAUUUGAAGUGGAAAGUGUCAAGAACUGAGGCUGCUGUACAGAAGCACGUGGUCACUGGAUGUUUCUGCUUAUUGCCUGCUGCCAUCUUUUGCUUCCAUUUAGCUUGUUCUUCCAUCUCUUCUGUACUUGGCUUCUGUAAGUUUCUGUGUGCCGUGAUACCAUAUGGCUCUGAUUCCUUGGUUUUUCUUAGUCCAGCUCCUCUUUCUGUACCAGGCCACAGAAGUUUCCAGCCAACCCUUGGAAUGGCUGCCCAUGGGAUAUGUACAUGUUCAUCCUGGUUCAGCUGGCUAGAGUUAGGUGUGAUGGUCCUGUGGCCCCUGCACCAGGAUCUGUGGGCCUGUAGAUUUACUUGGGAUUGGGCAAACAGUGACAUAGUAGUGCAUUUCUAGUACUACCAGGAUAGAAAGAAUCUCUGUUUAACUUGUAUCAGGGUUCCUUAAAAGACUUCUUCCUAAGUGCCAUCAUAGGCCAAAGCAUAUUGUCCCUUGUGUAAAGGACCUGGAAGGUGGUGUUUAUGUAUCAUGCAGAAGGAGUCAUUUGUCACUUUCUAGAGUCAUUCCUCCCUUUCUGGACCUGCUCCAGUUUCUUUUUAAAUAAGUAACUCUAGCCACAAUCAUACACACACACAAUGACUUUUGUCAAAUUGGUCAGUUAAAUCGCCUCCUCAAAACAAAUUUCACCCCUCAGCCCAACCACCCAUCAAAGAAGGUAGAUAGACACAGCCCAAUUAGAGAAGCCUCAAAAAUAGCAUGCUGCAAUGCUCCUGAAGAUUGCCAGGUUACAUUUCAGAUAAAAUAUUUGAUAAAACCUCAUUGAGCUAUGUGGCUUUUUGUGUGUUUGUCAGCAAAGCCAGUAUUUACUGUAAAAUCCUGAGACUGGUCUAAAGUUAAGCCACCCAGGAACAGAGGCCAUAUUUUGUAUCCUGCAUGGUGCCUUUUGCUGUAGGCACAGGGAUGCACCAUGAUUCACUGUAUAGUGGGAAGACCACUGUAGUAGGAAUUAACUGGAUUAUGGUCCUUGCUUAACAUUGUCUACAUGAUAUGGGGCAAACUAUUUAAUCUAUGAAGAUCUUUUUCCUAGUUAUAAUGUGAAGAAUGAACAAAAUGGUAAUAUAUUUUUAUGUAUAGGGACUUUAUAAAGUCCCUUCCAACUCCAACAUUAUAGAAUUUAAGAUUGUA